AUGGCCAGAGGAAACGGGCCAGUGCUCGCGGUACAGCAAUGUCCAAUGAAUAAGUGUUGGUACUGCACGCGUGAGCCGACGUCUAGAUCCCCCAAUCGACUUGUCUUCCCCGUGGCCAACUUCGACUUGUUUGUCCGUGCUGCGGACUAUCCAUUCUUCGAGGAUAUUUGCCUGCGUUCUACCCGUCCUCAUCGCACAUCGAAUAUGGGAUCUGAACUGCACGCUCGCUCGCCGGACGAGCUAGACUAUGAUGGCGCCACCCCUGACACCGAAGUAUUUACCCCUGUGAACCCUUACGGCCCAGGUGAUGUCCUCGGUGGGACCAAGGACAAGAAGAGGCUUUUGGCCCGGGAGAAACUGGUCCGGUUAUCCUUGGAAGAGAAGAGAACAAAGGUAAUUCCAUCCAAGGGGAUUCCGUCGGCCAAAACCAGUGACGGUCCAAACGGCGCGCGUGGCGGGAUUUUCGUGGGCGGCACCAAGGCUGCGCUGUUUCCGUGUGGCAUCUCCCUAGCGGCCACGUGGAACAAGAGUCUUUUGCGGGAUAUCGGCCGACAUCUCGCAAGCGAGGCCAAAGCCAGGUCUGCCAAUAUUCUCCUGGCCCCAACGGUGUGCCUGCACCGUCAUCCCCUUGGCAGAAGGAACUUUGAGUCUUUUUCCGAGGACCCGGUCCUCACGGGAAAACUGGCGGCGCAGUAUAUCGGUGAGCUUCAGGAGAAGGGCGUCGCGGCUACCAUCAUCAAACACUUUGUCGGCAACGAGAAGGAGACGAACCGGCUGACGAUCGACUCGAGAAUAUCCGAGCGCCCGCUACAGGAGAUCUAUCUCCGCCCUUUCGAGAUCGCCGUCCGGGAGGCCAACCCGUGGGCUAUCAUGACGUCGUACAACCUGGUCAACGAGACGCACGCCGACAUGCACGAGAACGUCCUGAAAGACAUUCUCCGUGGCGAGUGGGGUUACGACGGGGCGGGCUGCGAUAUCGGAUUCCCCUUCUCGACCAAGUGGCGGUUUGAGAAGCUGCUCACGGCACUGGAGAAGGGAAAGCUGUCCCUACAGGACAUUGAUCGGGCGGCUGAGAAUGCCCUGGCACUUGUCCAGCGGGUCAAGGGUGAUGACAUGUCGGCGGAGCAGGAGGAGCGUGAGGAAGACAGGCCGGCUACACACAUGGAGGCAGGCAAGGCCGUCGAGCUCAGGGUCGAAAUGACCAACGAGCUGCGGCCGGCCGCCAAGCAGAAGGAGUUCAACAUGACGCACAAGUACGGAGGGUGCCGGAUCGGGUUCAAGGAGGAGGACACGGUCGACUACCUGCAGCAGGCUGUCGACGCCGCUAGGGCCGCCGACGUGGCCGUCAUCAUCGUCAGCCUCGACGCCGAGUGGGAGUCGGAGGGCUACGACAGGCAGACGAUGGACCUGCCCUCGGACGGAAGCCAGGACCGGCUGAUCGAGGCCGUGCUCGACGCCAACCCGCGGACCGUUGUCGUCGACCAGUCUGGAUCCCCCGUCACCAUGCCUUGGGCCGACAGGGUCCCCGCGAUCCUCCGGGCGUGGCACCAGGGUCAGGAGGCUGGGAACGCGCUUGCCGACGUGCUGUUCGGGCGCAAGUGCCCUAGCGGGAAGCUCCCCUGCACGUUCCCCCGGAGGCUCCAGGACACGCCGGCGUACCACAACUGGCCCGGCGAGAACCUCGAGGUUGUGUACGGUGAGGGCGUGUACGUGGGGUACCGGCACUACGAGCGCGUCAGGAUCGCGCCCCUCUUCCCGUUCGGCCACGGCCUCUCGUACACGUCGUUCGAGUACGGCCGGCCCUCGCUCAGCGGGCGGGCCCUGUCCGGGCCCGAUGACGUGCUGGAGCUCGUGCUGGGCGUCACGCUCGCCGGCGCCGAGACGGUGCAGGUCUACGUGGCGGACGAGCGGUCGCGGCUGCCGCGGCCGCGCAAGGGGCUGGCCGCGUUCGAAAAGGUGUUCCUGGAGGCCGACGAGACCAAGCACCUGCGCAUCCACAUCGACAGGUUCGCCGUCGGCUACUACGACACGUCGGUCUCACGCUGGGUGGCGGGGGAGGGCAGGUUCAAUGUGCUCACUGGGGCGUCGUCGGCGGACAUCCGCCACCAAAUUAGCUUUGAUGUGACGCAGACAUUCUCUUGGGUCUUUUAGUGUGGUUUUUCUUUUUUCUUUUUUCCCCUGGUUGUCCUUUGGAAGCGCGGACCGGCGAGU